AUGGCGAUCGACGACGGCGACCGGAGCUACCCGGCGUUCGCGGGGGACGACGGCGCCGAGAGCGCGAAAUCCAUCCUGGACCUGCCCGCGGACGUCCUGGCGCUCGUGCUCCGCCGCCUGGACGGCGCGUCGCUGGCCGCGCUCGGCUCCGCCCACCGACGCCCGUCGGCGCCGCCCAUCGUCCCCGCCGAGCUUGAGCUCAGCUGGGUCCUCAUCGACCCGGACUCCAGUCGCGCCGUCAACGCCUCCAGCCGCCGCCCCGUGUCCGUGGACCGGCGGUGGCUCACGGGGGAGACCGUGGUGCGGUUCGCGCUCGUCCUCGGCGGCGUCGUGCUGGACGCCGCCGUCACGUGCGACGAGCGGUACGGCCACGUCAGUGGCCGGGAUGGGCUGGCCGUGGUGGCCGCGGCCAUGGCGGGCGCCAGGCGGGGACGUGGCGCUGAAGAUGACGCCAAGGCGCGGUAUGAAGAGUUCGUGAAAGGGAGGGCGGACAGGAAGGAGCGGAAGGCCAGGCGGGAGGGCAUCAUCGACCUCUGCUGCUCCGGCGUUGGAGCGGUGGCGCUCCUGGGGUUCCUCGUCAUGCUCACAUUCCGGUGA